GUCGGUACUAAAACAAAACAACGUCAAUCAGUCAGCAGUAAAAGUGGACGUGUUUAUUUCUACAUUUGGAUUUACGACAAAAUAACAUAUUUAAUAAGUUUGUAAAGAGACGAAUUCGAUUUCCCGCGAAGGUCCCGGUACAGUGAAUCGAGCACGACCCUUGCGUCGUCUGCUCCGACUUCCUGUAAAAUGGACCGCGGCCGCAAACCUCCGCAAGUAGCGCCCGUUGGGACGAAGAAAAAAAUGCCAGUUGCAACAGCGGCAAAGGAUCACGAGCUGCCUACGUCGUCUGGACUUUAUGGCGAGAUGGUGGACCCGUCCAAAGACGGGAAUGCCUCAAAGGCGCUCCGUAGCGACGGCUUGACGUUUGACCCCAGUCUGCUUGUCGGCCCCUUGUAUGUACCGAAGACAUCAACCAACGAAAGAAUCAAAGCACAACUAGGAGACAUCACUCAGAAACUACACGACACGCUGUACACUUUCGAGGAGACCGAGUUGGAAGUUACGGUUGAAGAUCCCUUGGUGACCAUGAUGAAAAAGCAGAUGGACUCGAUAGCGGACUCGAACUUACGACAUGCACUCGCGACUGUAAUGGAUCAGUACAAUCACAUGAGUGAGCAGGUGAACGCAGCGUACAAGGACAGAGACGAGAUGCUGUUACAGCUCGCUGAUUGGUUUACACUGGACCACUUGGAUUUGGCGGAGAUCAAACUUUCUGUGGACGAGACUGAGGAGGCAAAUAUCAAGAAAAAGGUGGAAAUAGAAAACAGUGUGGUCGACAAGUUUCGGGUGAUGAAAGACAUGAGCAUACAGACGAUGAAGCUGAAGGUAGCAGACGACGCCCCAUGGAAAGACGCGGCCAAAGAAAUCGUCGGCAUGUUGAAGAAUGUCCGGAGCGAAAGCGCAGACGAAAACAUCGAAGGGAAUCCUCUUCGCUACGCAUCACACGAGCUCGACUCUAAGUAUUUCCUCGAACCGCUUGUCACAGAGGAUUUUCCAACGGUUAUCGGACAGGCGCCUAAAAUUCCGCACAUUAUCCACCAGACAUACAAGAACGAGUUCAUUCCAAAUAAGUAUAUCCCGUUCAUUAAAUCCUUCGUUAAGUACAAUGCCAACUGGACCUACAUGUUCUGGACCGAUGCCUCGGCCCGGAAGUUCAUUAGCGACAGGUACCCGGAUUUUCUCCCGGUCUGGGACAACUACGCAGAACCAAUCAACAGGGCCGACGCGCUCAGAUACUUCGUCUUAUACGAGUAUGGGGGUGUGUACGCGGACUUGGAUUUUGAGUGCUUACGUCCCCUGGAUAGGGUAACUAUGAAGUAUACAGCAGUGUUUCCUCUGGAACCUUUCGAGCACGCCGUGUUUCGACUACGCAUUCCUUUCUGCGUCAACAACGCCAUCAUGAUGGCGCAACCGAAGCACUCGUUCCUAAGGCACAUUGUCUACACGAUCUCCAGUUUUAGGCCGAUAAAAGGGACGCUUGACGUAGCAGGACCGAUAUUUGUCACGACGCAGUACAUGCUUUACAACAACUUCUCAGUCGGCGAGUUUUACAAGGUCGCCGAGGACCAUCAAGGGAGCUCACCGUAUCACUACAAAGGGAGGUUACACGAGACGGAUCCAAGAGCUGUAUACGUUCCCAACACGCAUUACUUUAUGAACACUUUGGCGGAAAAUUGGUUCAGCAAGUCCUACUGGCACUACAGACGAGUGUGCUCGAACCUCGAUCCAACUUCCGGGACCCUAGAACGCAAGGCCUGCAACGAAUUCAAGGCACGAGAGGACAGAAGCGAGCAUGACCACUUCCGGUUUACUUAUACCAGACACCACUGGUUUUUCACUCACAAUACUUUGAACUUUUUACCGGACGUGACUAGAUACACAAAUAUACAGAAAAUAGUCCCGAAUUUAGUGUCAUACACUUGA